CUAGAUACUUUAUCCAGAAGACAAGUUUUGUGUUUGAGAAGCAUAGUAAUUAAAAGAAAGUUGCGCUGCUCUUGCUGGUUGUGAGGAGAGAGAUCAAUAUAAUGGAAGUUGCUAGUCAAGAAGAACAUGACACCCCUAUCCCAAUAAACACCUCUUAUGGUGGGCAUGGACACAUGAUUCAUCGUCAUCGUAAUCCUUCCAAUUUUACUCAUCCAAACCCUCUAGUAGUCCCCUCAAAUAGUAAUGGUCUUGACAAAAACAAUGAUCAUCCUCUUCAUCAUCAUGUGGGUUACAACAUCAUGAUCAGCAACAAUAACAACAACAGCAAGGAGAAGCCUAAGCUUUACAAGUACAAGGAAUGUUUGAAGAACCAUGCAGCUUCCACGGGAGGCCAUGCUAUUGAUGGUUGUGGAGAGUUUAUGCCAAGUGGUGAAGAAGGUUCCAUAGAAGCUCUCACUUGCUCAGCUUGUAACUGCCAUAGAAACUUCCAUAGAAGAGAGAUAGAAGGCGAAGAUAAGAUCUACUUUUCCCCUUACCACCACAACCAACCGCAGAGAAAGCUCAUGUUCCAUAGCCACCACAAGAUGACCAAAUCACCAUUACCACAGAAAAUGAUAAUGCCGAUUGGCGUUGCAACCGCAGCUGUAUCAAACUCAGAGUCUGAAGAAGACUUACCAUUUCAGCAGCCACCACCGCCGUACAAUCACGGUGGUCAUAGUCAAAAGAAGAGGUUUAGGACAAAGUUUACUCAAGAGCAGAAGGAGAAGAUGCUGAGUUUUGCGGAGAGGAUUGGUUGGAAGAUGCAGAGACAAGAGGAAUCUGUAGUUCAGCAGUUUUGUCAAGAGAUUGGAGUUAGGAGAAGAGUUCUUAAAGUUUGGAUCCAUAACAACAAACACAAUCUAUCCAAGACGAGCAACAACGCUAAUAACAAUGUCGAGAUUUCUGCUGGUAACAACGACAUCAAUAAAUCCCCUAUUGGAAAUCUUGCUUCUAGUUCUUAA